AUGACUCUGAAAAACAGGAAAUUCUCACUGGACAGCUCUGGAGAGCAGGCCAUAGCAGAGGAGAAUCUUCAGCGAUCAGAUGAUCACUACUUCAAGCACAAUAAAAGCUUCAACAAGCUGUUUCCAGAGAUUCCUGUGUGGGACAGCCUGGCACACGCUUUCACGUGUUCCCUGCAGAAGGAAGUUCUGUAUCACGGAAAACUCUUUGUUUCUCAGAACCAUGUGUGUUUCUACUCAUCUGUGCUGCUCAAAGACACCAAGGUGGUGAUUCCUGUUUCCAGCAUAAAGGAUGUGAAGAAACAUGGCUCAGCCCUGUCUAUGCUUUCUAUACAAACUGCUGAAGAGAAGUACUCGUUUGUGUCUUUGAGAAACCGUGAGAAGUGUUACAAACUCCUCCAAAGUGUGUGCUCAUAUGCGCAGGCGGAGGCUGUAAACAGCAGCCCUCAUCUGUCCGUUGCAGAGAACGAAGCUGAUCACAAUCCGCAAUUCUCCAGUUUUUCCAGUUUGGACGACCGUGUAGAUUUUCCGAGCAGUGACUCUCUUGAUACCAGCUUUCUUCAGACGUCCAGUGAAGGCCCCAGCACAGCCAACUCCACUCGUCAAAACAGCAUAAUAGAUGAAGAAGACAGCGGUGUGUAUUCAACUGGACUGUGGAUUUGGAGGUUCAUUGCACGACUGCCAGAAAUUAAGACUCUCAGUGUUGUCUUCCACAUCUACAUGGUGCUGCUGGUGUUGCUCCUGUUGGUGUCCGGAUACAUCGGGCUAAGGAUUUUAGCGCUGCAGGAGCAGCUGAACUCUUUGGGAGCUUUGACUGACUGGUCUUCACAUCACAGAGAGUACCAGGAAACAUAGCUGUUGGCUGAGAUCUUUGACUGCUAUGAUCCUUUUUGUACAUACUGUACCAUUGUUCUGCUGUUGUUUGUCCAAAGAAAUGUUCAGUAUUGCACACAAACUAAAUUCCCCUGAGUAGACAUGGAGCUCCUGUGGUAGCACGAUGUUCUACAGAGGGCGGAGGUCAGCGCGAAGA